AUGGAGGUCUUCAUGACCAACGUCCCUCAGCAGUUGACGGAUCGCACCUUGGAGAAACAGCUCAAACCUUACAUGAAUGCCCUGGGCAUCACUGCAUGGACGUGUAAUUCCAAACUCAACAAAAACGUCGGCUGGGUCACCUUUUUAAACCAGAAGGAUGGCGUCUUCUUUCUCAAACGCUAUGGCAAACAGAUCAUCGCUGAUCCAGCCACAACAGACGGCCGCGGCUUCUCGUCCAAAGCCAGAAAGGGUCCCAAGGAGAGGGCCAGGCUCUAUCUCAUGAACACCCCCAUAUUCGUCCAAGCAGGAAACAAGGCGCCGGACCCCUUCAUGCUCAAGAGCCUGCAUCAUCGUCUCCAGGAGAAAGUCAAAGAUCGGGAUCGACUCGAUGCUCUCUCUGCUGAGGAAGCCAUCGCAUUUCCAGUCAGACAUUUGGCUUGCGGUCACAAUUCUUUUCGAAACGGAUCCAAAACCCUGACCUUUGUUGAGCAGUAUCGCCUUGAUAUUGGAGCUGUGGCAUCAUUCGGCAGAAGGAUGAUUAUCAUCAAGUUCACAAAUGAUUUCAAGGUUGAGAUUCCGUAUUCCUCUGUCUUUGAAUUAAUUCAUUCCUCAUCCCCAUGCACUUUUACCUUCAUAUUAUCCGAACCUCCCAAAUUCUACCGCAACAAGGUCAAGCUGGAAGACCAAUUUUCACAACUCACCCUUUCUAGACCGGCGCCUCAACACAAACAGUUCGUACGCUGCACCGAUAUACCAGAUGCUCCACUGAAUGCCGGUUACGCUGGGAAAUGUCUAGUUUACCAACUCAGUGUUCUCGAUACUGAUUUUGACCACAAAAUGAUGUCGCUGAAGAACAGGCAACUUUUCAGCAUCGUCCACUUUCAAAUUUCUUACGAUGGACGCCCGGCUCAUUGGACGCUUGACUAUCAAAGCUCAUGGGAUGUUUUCUACAAGCACUUGACACAUUUAGGAACAGAGACGGCCUUACCCUUUCGCAUCCUCUUUCUCAUGCAGUCUCUGGUCUGGAACAAUUACCUGCAUCCCCGGGUAGCCUAUGACUUGCUUCUCAAGAUCGAGAUUCUCUUCAGGCAGGCAAGGAAGGCGAAACGGCCAGACCCGCUAUCUGACCAGGCGCUUCAAAGCCUUCGUGAUGGGCCUCGAGAAUGUUUACCGUUCCCCACUCACGACAUACAUCCGAACGUCUUGGAUCCAGAUGAGAUUCUGAAGUUCCUCCUCGAGAUGGAAAGAAGAAUACAGGCGGAGGGUGACUACAGGAGUACCCUGUACGGUCCGGAUGUGUCCAAUCACCACGCAUGGGUGUUCAAAGCCAUGGUGACACCCACGAGAGUCACUCUUCACGGGCCCGAGAUGGAACCACUCAACCGCAUCCUUCGCAAACACCGAAACCACACAGACUACUUCAUGAGAGUGCAAUUCUGUGACGAGGACGGCACCGACCUCUGGUUCAAUCCGAGGGUCAAUUACGAAGAUGUUUUCGAGCGCUACAAGAAUGUACUGAACAAAGGAAUUCAGGUUGCUGGACGAAUCUACCAGUUCCUCGGCUUCUCACACUCUUCUCUCCGAUCACACGCAGCUUGGUUCAUGGCCCCUUUCGUCGACGACAGCGGAGAAAUGCAGCUCUACAGACACAUCAUCAAGUCCCUCGGUGAUUUCGAACACAUUCAAAUUCCGGCCAAGUGUGCCGCUAGGAUUGGGCAGACCUUUUCUGAGACACCUGCCUUCAUCUCUCUCACUGAUAGCGACAUCAGCGCCUGGAACAUUCCCGACAUUAAGUCUUCCAUUGGGGGCGACGACCGCGUCUUCAGCGACGGGGUGGGCACCAUUUCCAGGGAAGCCCUCGAACUGAUCUGGCCCCGUCUGCCGAGGGGCUCUCUCAUCCCUACCUGCCUUCAAAUUCGGUGGGGAGGCGUAAAAGGAAUGCUAUCGCUUGAUACGCGUCUUCCAGGCCGUGUCAUGUGUAUCAGGAGAGAGUCCAUGGAGAAAUUUCCAAGUCAGGAUACCGAGAACCUCGAGAUUUGCGGCGGAGCAUCCAAGCCACUGAAGCUGGUCCUCAAUCGCCAGAUGAUUAAGAUCUUGGAAGACUUGGGAGUGCGCAACGACUUCUUCCUUCGGUUACAAAAGACAGAACUAGAUCGACUUCGAGCUGUCACAGCGGACGCCUACAACACCGGAACCUUUUUGCAUAUGCAAGGCAUCGGACUAAACUGCUUCCUACCAUCCUUUAUCAAGAGCCUCGAUAAAUAUGGCAUCGACUAUCGACGAGAUGACUUCCUGCGGACAGUAGUCCAGAAUGUCGUGCUUCAAGAACUGCGGUUACUCAAACACAAAGCCAGAAUCCCUGUCCCGAAAGGCGUGACUGUCUUCGGAGUCAUGGAUGAGACCGGCUUCUUGAGAGAAGGGGAGGUGUACAUCGCUUACGAUACAUACCGACGACCUGGCAGGACUUCCAUUGAUGGAUCGUUGAGAGACGGUCCUGUACUCGUCACAAGAUCUCCAGCUUUGCAUCCCGGCGACAUCCAGCUGGUCAAGAUGCGGACGCCGCCCGCAGGGCACCCGCUACGAAACUUGCGCAAUUGCAUAGCUUUCAGUCAGUUCGGCAGGCGAGACUUGCCCAGCCAAUUGAGUGGUGGCGAUCUGGAUGGAGACCUUUACAACAUUAUCUGGGAUCGGGACGCCAUGCCAAAGGUCACUUACAAAGCUGCCGACUACCCGCGAGUGACUCCGGCGGCUCUCGGCAGGACGGUGGAGAGAGAAGACAUGGCCAACUGGUUUGUCGAUUUCAUGCAGUCAGACUGUUUGGGCCUGAUCGCGACGAGACAUCUGGUCGUGUCUGAUCAAGAUCCAAAUGGUACGCUGGGCAACGACUGCCUGACGCUCGCUGGGCUGCACUCGACAGCCGUCGACUUUUCCAAGACCGGUAUUCCCGUCGAUACGAAAGAGAUCCCCAAGGCUCCCAGAUUCCGCCCCGACUUUCUGGCGCCUGCUCCACCCGCACAUAUUUUUGACCGGAACGAGAUCGAGUUCAUCGGUAAAAAUGAAACCCUGGAAGAGGACGACGAAGACAUGCUGCCGCCGCAUCAAUACUACAAGUCAGAGAAAAUCCUUGGCAUUCUCUACCGCAACGUCGAUGAGAAGCACAUCUGGACCGAGGAUAUCCAGCGAGUUGUGACCAGAGCUGGUCCUUCGGUCUGGGAUCAGUUUAUCGGGCUAAUUGAACGAAAGAUAUACGAUUACACUGGUGGAAGGGUGACGUGGAGAACAAGGCAAGCCGAGGCCAAGAGGCUUCGUGAUGUAUACGAGGAUACCGUUAUACAAGCUAUGAGCACGUACUCCGACAAUCACGUGAAACGAAUGACUGAGAUUGAGGUCUUUUGCGGGUCUAUCUUUAACAAGGCUGGUGCCCAAACGAGGCGCCAGAAAGACAACUCCAAAAAGCUCAAGGCCGAAUUCGACCGUCUCUCGGAAUGGCUCGUGGGUCAAAUGCGACGCAAGCUCCGCACCGUGGACCAGGAAGCCUCCUCGAUCUACAACAGCAGCACUAGCAACCAGUACUCCUUUCUGUCGGACGAUCCCGUCACCCGCAUGCUCGCGCCAAACAGGGAGGCUUUAGAGAUGUCAUAUUCCUGCCUGAUGGUGGGCCUGAUGCCCAACGAGGGCUUCGAGCUCGAGGACGGGACGCAACUGCAGAGCUUCAAGGUGAUUGCGGCAAGUGUUCUGCUGAAGGAGCUUACGGAGCUUGUUAACCGCAUAAGAGGAGGAAGAAUGGUUGCCCCAGGCAAUGGCUACGAGGGUGCGGGCGGCGGAUUUGUUGGAGUCAGCUCUGGGCCGACAAUGUCGUACGCUUACAACGGGUUCGAUGUGGAUGUUGGACAAUAUCCCAAUUAUGGAUAUAGCGAGUAUCUUUGA